GCUUGUUGGCUUACAGGAAAAAAGCUUCAAGUGAGACAAGUUUGCGUCGCGGCGAGAGUGCGAGGCGCUCCCGUGCUCCACUUCAGCGGAGGGGGACAAAACCAUCUGACCGGCAGCCCGCCUCACACACACACACGCCGACCUCCACUCCUCAAGCGGGACUCCCCCUUUCCCCUCUCCCCCACCCCCCGAAAAACACGAAUACCACGUAAAAGCAUGCGUGGAUGCUAAGAGCGUUCCCGCCCGCCGAACGCUGAGCCGCCGUCCGCCAGAGCCACCGACCGACGUCGCUUCCUCCGGUGAGACUCGCACGCUCUCUCCGCGCCAUGUCCGCCGUGGCGGAAGCCAACGUGGCGGUCGCCGCCGCCGAGCUGAGCGCCGCGUCGCCACCUCCGGCCUCGACCUCCAGCUCCCCUCCUGCCUCUCCUGCGACUGCAGCAUCGAAGGUCCCGUUCCGGAAAGACAAGAAGAGAGUGCCGGAGAAAACGGACGAGUACCUGCUGGCCAGGUUUCAAGGGGACGGCGUGAGGUACAAAGCCAAGCUGAUCGGCACUGACGAUGUUACCGAACCCCGAGGGGACAAGAUGUGCCAGGACUCCAUGAUGAAGCUAAAGGGAAUGGCGGUGGCUGCUCGCUCACAAGGAAAACACAAACAGCGGAUUUGGGUCAACAUUUCCAUGUCUGGCAUCAGGAUCAUCGACGAGAAAUCGGGAGCGAUUGAGCACGAGCACGUGGUGAACAAGAUCUCCUUCAUCGCCAGAGACGUGACGGACAACCGGGCCUUCGGCUACGUGUGCGGGGCCGAGGGCCAGCAUCAGUUCUUCGCCCUCAAGACGGCGCAACAGGCGGAGCCGCUGGUCCUUGACCUGAAGGACCUCUUCCAAGUCAUCUUCAACAUGAGGAAGAAAGAGGCGGAGGCCUCCCAGAAGGGCGAAAAUGGCAGCGCAGUGGUUGAGAAUGGAAGUAAUGCUGUACCGGUAAAAAACCCCAACGCAGUGGAGCAGCUGGACCUGUUCGGAGAUAUGUCGACCCCGCCGGACAUCCAGUCUCCGGACGACUCUAAUGAUAUUCCCUUGCUGGACUUUUCCGCCGAAGUCGACGGCAAUCAGAAUUGCAUAAAGGGAACGCUUUUAACUUCCUGUGCCGCCGACCACAGGGCGCCGCCCCAGACAGAGAAUCCCUUCUGCUCGCCGUUCGGCUUCUUUCCAUCCCCGGACAGCGACCCUUUCGGAGACGAUCCGCUGUCCAAAACGCCCCGUCCUGACAACGGCCCGAUGGGCUCUGCUAGCACGGCCCUUGGCGACCCUUUGAACGGAAACCCCGAGAGCCUCGGCCAGCAGAUGCGGGGCUUAACCAGUAAGAACGUGAUCCUCGCUCUCAGUAACGGCCAGUGGCCGCUCGGGGGCAAAAUAACACACGGCGGCGUGACGGACGGCGGCGAGUCGGGUUCGGGUCCGUCCGCCAAAAAUCCCUUUUUUGACUCGAACGCCUCCCCCUUUUCUAACGGGGAGAGCCACCAAGCCACAGAGAUUGUCAGCAAGGACUCGGUGGUUCUUAACCCGCCCCCGCAGAGCUCGAAGGCCGGACGAGGUCGAAGGAGUCAGAAGUCCUCAGCAGGUGACUUGUUCGGAGCGGAACUGUUUUCUGCUCCCGACGGCUCGUCGGCUGCCGGCGACCUGUUCAACAACACGUAUGCCAACUCUGCUCAGUCCUCCGUGGCGGCUCUGGGAGAUCUGCAGUUAGGAAAACCAGCUAGCUCCGGCAUGCCUCCUGCGGGCAUGUGGGCAACGUCCACCGUCGCCCCCUCCAUGUACGGAGCCCCCGCGCCCGCCUACCCUCAGCCAUCUGCCUUCGGCGGUCUUCCCAUACCCCCCAACGCUUGGGGUCAACAAAUGCCUCAACAGUUCGGUGCCCCGCAUCUCGCCUGGGGGCAACCGGCGCCGCCGCCGGCCGCAGUUUGGGGUCAGGCGGCCUGCACCAACCCCUUCCAGCCUGCCGCCUUCCCCGUUCUGGGUGAGCAGCAAGGCCCGUCCCGCCCGCCUCCCCGGCCACCUGUGAAGGAGCCCCCACCUAAGGCGGAGAGAAACGCCUUCACCGCCUUGGACCCCCUUGGCGACAAAGAGCAGAAGACCGGGAAAGACAUGUUCAAGGACUUCCAGCUCGCCAAGCCGCCCGCCAUCCCGGCGAGAAAAGGUGAGCAGGCUUCAGAAUCGGGGGGUUUCGACCAGUACUUCUCCAGUAAAGUGGGCUUGGCUCAAGAUGCCGCAGACCACGAUGACUUUGACAUCAAACAGAUGUCGGCGGCCGUUAACGACGCACCGCCUGCGAGCCUGAACGCCCCGGCUCUCCUCGAUGCCGCAUUCUCCUCAAACAGCUCGGCACCGGGACCAAGCGUCGGCCUAGACAUGUUCGAUGAGGCAUUCGGAGCCCCCAACGCCACCCCGUUUGGGGUCCCGCCUGCCCCAAUGACUGCUCUUGUUGCUCAGAACUCCACGGGUGCCUUUGGAGAUCCUUUUGGAAAUCCCUUCGCUUGACCUUCAAAUUGUUCCAAAAUGGAGAUUCCGUGAAGUCGCAUCUCUGGGACAAACCGCUGCGAGAACACAAUCUAAACGGUGGCCUCCGUCCAGACUUCUUCCAUGUUGCCGUGUCUGUUUGUUCGUUCUGUCUGAUUAGUAGUUCCCUUAUUUCCCAAGAGCGUUGAUCCAACACGUUGCGUCAUGAUCUGCUGACGAGAGCAAAGGGGGGGUGGGGUGGGGGCUUUGUAUGCGAAGUGUCCAAAGAUGUCCGCUGCUGAUGUUGCCUGAAUUAGAAACUGUAAUAAAAUAUUGAUAAA